CCAUCAUGUAGGGGCCUUGAACAUAAAAAGCCCUGUUUGAUGCAAUGGAUGAACAGUCACAAGGCGUGCAAGGGCCUCCUGUUCCACAGUUUCAGCCACAGAAAGCCUUACGACCUGACAUGGGCUAUAAUACGCUAGCCAACUUCCGAAUAGAAAAGAAGAUCGGCCGUGGACAGUUCAGUGAAGUUUACAGAGCAACUUGCCUUUUGGAUGGGGUACCAGUAGCACUGAAAAAGGUGCAGAUAUUUGAUUUAAUGGAUGCCAAAGCUCGGGCUGACUGCAUCAAAGAAAUAGAUCUUCUUAAGCAACUGAAUCAUCCAAAUGUAAUUAAAUACUAUGCCUCCUUCAUUGAAGACAAUGAGCUAAACAUAGUGUUGGAAUUAGCAGAUGCUGGUGACCUCUCUAGAAUGAUAAAGCAUUUUAAGAAACAGAAGAGGUUGAUUCCUGAAAGGACAGUUUGGAAGUACUUUGUUCAGCUGUGCAGUGCAUUGGACCAUAUGCAUUCGCGUCGUGUCAUGCAUAGAGAUAUAAAGCCAGCUAAUGUUUUUAUUACAGCUACAGGGGUAGUAAAGCUUGGAGAUCUAGGACUUGGACGAUUUUUCAGCUCCAAAACCACAGCUGCCCAUUCUUUAGUGGGUACACCUUAUUACAUGUCUCCAGAGAGAAUACACGAAAAUGGAUACAACUUCAAAUCUGACAUCUGGUCUCUAGGCUGUCUGCUCUAUGAGAUGGCUGCACUUCAGAGUCCCUUUUAUGGUGACAAAAUGAACUUGUACUCUCUGUGUAAGAAGAUAGAACAGUGUGACUAUCCACCACUUCCUUCAGAUCACUAUUCAGAAGAACUGCGACAAUUAGUUAAUAUAUGCAUCAGUCCGGAUCCAGAGAGGCGACCAGACAUAGCUUAUGUCUAUGAUGUAGCGAAACGUAUGCAGGCGCACACUGCAAGCAGCUAAAUAGACAAAAGAUCAUGAAGAAAAGAACCAGAAAUUUUCAAGUAUUUUUGUGCAAAUCUUCCUACCCCCUUUUUUUGUCUGUUCCAUAAAUGUAGUUAUUCAGAACUGACUGACUGUGCUUUGAAUUGUGAACCAGUUUACACACAAGCGUCAUGAUAUUUUUCGUUUUAACCAAUUUAUUAUUUAAAAUACAGGUUUAAAUGAUAACUAUAAAACAGAUUUGAGAUGUAAAGAAUAAUAUGAAAAAUAGUGGUUCCUGAAAGCUUUAAAAUAGCGAUUUCAAAUAUAUUUUCUUUUUAAUAACAAAAUUGCAUUGAUUUGGGAGUCCAGUUCUAAAACAUCAUAGCACUGCAGUUUUGCACAAUAUGGAUGUUCAGCUUAUUACCUUGAAACAAAAUUUCUGAAUCUUUCUCACUUUUUAUUACUUAUGGAAGUUAUGAAUCAAAAUAAUUAAUGAAUUUAUUUUAAUUUUUGCUCUACAAGGGAAAUAAUUAUAUGAUACAUUUAUUGUAUUUUAUAAUGAGCUGUAGUUUACCGUUUUGCUUCUCAAGAUAAAUGAAGAUGGAAGCUAUCUGAUUAGCUGUUUUGCUGAAAUGCAGCUGCCAAAUGUGAAAACUUUGUUUUUUUGGCAAAAUUGUCAGACACUGAAAAAAUCUCUGUAGCCUGUCCCAUUUCCUUAUUUUAUUGUGGCUUAAAUGAACCCAGAAAAUUAUUUUUAAGGGUUUUGUCUGAUCAGUGUAAACUCUAUACCUGCAAUUUGAUUGGUAUGGAUUGACCUACUCACCUGUGUUGCACUUCAGUGGGCCUCUGCACAGUCAGAUGCUAAAAUCCUUGCAGUCUACUCCUGUGGUAAAUGGGGUUUUUGUCUGCACACAAUUGUAUGAAGAGACCUGUUUGAAGAAUGAGGGCCAGCUUGCUAAGGAUUUCUGUUUGUUGAUCUUUGUAGAUUUUAUUUUUAAAUCCUUUAGAUGACCGUACACUAUUAUAUUUCGAAUUCCUUUUGAAAAUACCUUUUAAAUCCAUAGUUUAUUGCACACAGUACAUUUGUGCUCUGUAAUACAAAUCCAUGCUUCAUAAAAUACCUGAUUUUAUUUUAUCUACCUUAUAUUUUGUUUUAUCAACUCUAAAAACAUGGUUUUAUAUGCUGUAAAAGUUACUUUAGUUUUUGUAUUUAACGAAAAAAAUCAUUGCUGUUUAUUUGUUUUGUCAGUGUAUUUGUUGAUUAUAUCUUAAAAUGCUAUCAUUUUAUCAUUCUAUCAUUUUAUCUGAGUUCAAAAGUAAGUUCAAAAUAUAUUGGUCACUGUGUAUGCAUGAAUGGUUUAUUGGGAAGUGAAAGGAAGUACACACAAUAUGUUGUACUUGUAAAUGUUGAUGAAAAUUGAGGUCUAAUUUCUCAGAAUUUCAAGAUAAUUUUUUAAGCAAACACAUAAAGCUGUCAAACCUGGUUCAGUGCUGCAAGGUUGCCAAUGAGAAUGUUAUUGUUACCAGCUUUAUUGUUGAGCUGUAGUUAGUUUAAAUCUUUUUGAUACAAAAGUUCAGGAAAAAUAAAAAAUUUAGUAUUUACGUGUAAAUAUUGGAUCUGUAUACAUUUAAGUUCACUAUCCAUUCAACAUUUAUAUGUGUUUUUUCCACAUCUCCUUUAUUAAACAAGUUUGCAUAGAUGGUAUAAUGAACACAGUGCAGCAAUAGUUCUGUUUCUUUGAUAGGACACUUAAUUGGAUUGACAUAAUUCAUGAACAAUAAGAACCCAGCUACAGAAAAUUAGACAAAUUUCAAAACACAGAAAAGUUUUUAAAUUUUAAGGAACGAUGACAUCCUAUUGAAAACCAUUUGUUUUAAAAAAAGCAGUAUUUUUUAACAAAUCUGGAAAAGAUCCUCAUCCGCUUGCAAGUGAUGUAGCUGCAUUGAUUUAAUUCAGUGGAAAAUCUGGGCUUUAAUAUAGUAUCAAAGAUACUUUCAUUGUAGAAUGAAUAAUUGGUUUUUCAUCUAUCUUGCAUAUGUGUACUUACUGUAAUGUUUUGCAGCUGCAUUGGGACUACUCAGAUGAGUACAAUUAUUCAUUUGUAAAUGUUGACAGGAUCGGGCCCUCAUCUAACCUAUCUCUGCCUGGCAAACUUUAUAUUGGGCUUCCAUUGAAUAUAUAACUUUAAUAGUUUUUAGUGACUAUUAUGUUCCAUAAGAUUUGAAAUUAAAUGGAAUAGUUUGUACUAAAACAGGGAGAGUAUAUUUGCUUGACCACCAGCAAUAGCUAUUAGUAUGCAAAAUUAUUCAUUCAAUUCUUUUAAUCUAUUCUGUUUCCAAUAAAAUAUUUAAGAGAGUUGAGAAAAUUGUACACAAUUAAAUUAUUUCUAUAAGAUACUCUAUUUACUUUAACCUCUAUUUAGGUCAAAUAUACAGGUCACUUUUUCCUAAAAAAACUAAUAUUUGAGGCAAAAAAAUAUUUCUGGAAGGCUGGAUGGUAAGAAAAUUAUGGCAAUAGUUGAGUUAGCAAAAACACCUAAAAACAUUGAGGCUUUUUUUGGUAUUUGUUUUUUGUUUGUUUUUGUAAAAUGAUUUAACUUCAUGUUGAUUAAAAUAAGUACUUCAGAUUUUAUAAGCAUUAAAAUGAAUGGUAUGGGGAUGAUUCAGCUAAUCCUUAGCUGAUGUAAACAAUUACACAAUGAAGAUGAAAAUGCUGGCCAGACUAGUGUCAUAUUCAAGUUUACAAAGGGUAAAUGAAGUUUACCCCUGUUUAAGGGUCAUGUUCUGCAACUUAUGUAAGUAAAGACUGCAGAGUCCGUCCCUUAGUAAAGUGCCUAACAGGAUAUGAGAAUUAUAAAUAUAGUAUUUUUACAACCAUUUCUUGAAUGCCUUACCAUUUUAAUAGCUUUUGUUGCAAAACACCAUUCUAGUUGGCACAUACUCUAGAUAUUGUUAACCUUUACCAGAUAUUUAUUUUAUUGAUUGCAUUAAAUGCUUUUUCCUUUUUAAAUGAAUGUAUUACAUUAUAAUAAAGUGUAAUUAUUCUCUGCCUUAUAUUUCAAUUGUACUGUUAUGUUUUGUCUUCCUUUGUGACAUAUGGUAUUUUCAUGUGCUUUGAAUGUCUUUGCUGAAAAGUCUGCCUUCGUAUUAAACUGCUUUGCUGUAAAAUACCCUAAUAUAAAUAAAACAUAUAAAAAUGUACUGUAAAAAUCAUA